CAAUAUGACGCAGAUCUUUGUGUGACGUGAUGUUCGUUAUAAUGAGCUUGGAGUAUGUGGACACAGGAAAUGUGGAAAGGAAGUGUGUUGAUACCAGGCCAGACGGAUGAGCCCAAGAUUCAGUGUUACCCUCGCUGCCUUCAAUGGAUGCUGCCUACACUCCUGCUACUUAUAAAGGAUGUUAGGGGUUAAAUUCGUUUCUCUGAGGGUUGUGUCAACAGACGUCAUCCAGUGCUGGGAGGAUAUGCCUUCCACGUAAGCGCUAUAGUUACUCCGCUUGGUUGAUGACGGACGGUGCCUACAGCUGAGUGCUUUCUAAAUCUUGGUCAUAACUACAUGAUGCAGCCCACACUGGUCUGCCUUCUCAGCGUGCUCUGCUGGGCAGCCGCAUCCUCGCCUCCACCUACAACAGGAGGAUGAGGCGUUGUUGGUUGAGUUGAUGUUAGAGAGUUCUGUUACCAAGACUAACACCAGCCUGGUGGUGCUGCUAACACCAAACUCCUGGAGCACUCUCAAGCUUAACCUUCACAAGAACAAGCUGCUGGUGGUGGUGACUGGCACCAACACUGCUCUACACUACACCACUCGGGUCCAGCUUGAUGUGUUGCAUCACAUAGGUGUUGAUAGCGUCUCCUCUACAUGUGCACCAUUACACCUGGCUGAGGUUGAUCUGGCCUGCCUCUACGAUCAAGGUGAGGACUCAAUUAGAGCAGACAAGAGCCACACCCAGGCUGAGAACACCACACACGUCCAGGGUACACCAGCCUGGCCUUUCUUCUUGGUGUUUCUCUUGUUGCUGGUAGUGUGUAUCCUCUUCCUGGCCUGGCGCUACCAACACAACCAGAUCAAGCUAAAACGUCGAUUCCAGGAGGAAACUGAAGCUGCUAUGAAGAGGGCCGGUGAAAGACAACCUCAGAGAUCGAGUCGAGAAGCCAGCCGAGAUGACAAGGAAGACAGCCAGGACACUAAUGAGGACAGCGAGGGACACAGAGUGAGCGAUCGUGUACAGUACUCCACCAUCCUUAUGAGCUACGACGGCCCUUGCACUACUGACGAUGAAGAACGCUCUCAGAUUUACACUAACAUUCCGCGGACUAGCAACACUGGUGGUGUACUCAAAGCUGCCUCGGCCUGGUCUUGACCUCCCUCUCUUUACUACCAAAUGAUCUGCCUCGUAUUUAUCUCACUUAAAACAACGAUCUGGUGAUUUUUUUCAUACAUUUUGUAGAAUUUUGACUGUAGCAACUUAAAUAAUAGUGCUUCUCAGUGUUUAUUUUUUUGUCCCGUGAAACUUUAUGACAACCCCGCCUCUUGUAAGACUGUGACAGCCCCGCCUCUUGUAAGUUUGACAGCCCCGCCUCUUGUAAGUUUGACAGCCCCGCCUCUUUUAACUUUAUCCAUCAGAGACAAGUGCUGAAUACAUGACCCAUUCACUGACUUAUUAACAGCUUCGUAAAGAUUUCCUUAAUAUGUUAAUAUGAAUGGUGACAUUGAACCCAGUGUACAGUAUAUUUUUUUAUAUCAGUAUAUGUGUACGUCAGGAAAAAGAUCACUUUAACGCCAUAGGAAUAUUACAAGCUUUGUUGCAGUGCUCUUUACGUUAUAAUCAAUUACCAAGUGUUAUAGUUGAUAAGUCAGACAAUGAUUUUGUUGGAGGGGAACGCUAUGACCUCAGUUUCAUGUAUAUAUGCAAGUGUAAAACAAAUGAGGAUAAGAAGGCUCAAGAGACAGCAGUGACACUCAGUGUUCAGGCACUGCUGCUUCCUGCUAACUACAGUGACGUCUGAGACACUGCACACCUUACUCCAUAUAACAAUGUUUCACUGGUAUCCCAGUGGUAAAAUUUUGGGUUCACAAUAUAAAAGAGCCUGAGUUUAAUACCCGGGCGAAGCAAGA